CAAAUCCCUUUUUUGUGAGGGAUGGGCAUUCGAACUUAAUCUCAGACACUUUCCACGAGGGAGGGGGAAGAGAGGGAGAGGGCGAGAAAGAGAGAGAGAGAGAGCACUGUUGACCUUUAGAGUGAAAAGCAGAGAAGCAAAGACCCAAUAGUAAGCCUGCUUAACAGAGGACAGCAAGGAUAGCAAAGAAGAGAGAGGAGGAAAAGAAGAGAGAACGAAGAGAGGGAGGCAGAAACUCCAAGCGUGAAGGAGAGAACUUGAAAAGGCAUAAACCGAGGGCAGGUACCAGCAGCAGGACAAUGAAGGCUGUGCUUGGAUAUUGCUGUCUGCUGGUCCUUCUCCUGACCACAGAUGUCUCUGGACAGCGGGUGAGGCCAAGGCCAAGGCCAAAACCCCCCACCACAAGGAAGCCUCCUGCUCCAAAGAAACCAGCUCCCAAAACCGAACUUGAGCCCCAGGAGCCCACUGACUUUCCCCCUCCUAUUCUUGGUCCACCUUCUUCAUUCGCGGACUGCCCAAGGGAGUGCUUCUGCCCCCCCUCCUACCCAAACGCCCUGUACUGCGAGAACCGCAACCUCCGAAAAGUCCCUAUCAUUCCGUCUCGCACCCAUUAUCUCUACCUACAGAACAACUAUAUUGAUCAAGUGGCUGCGGACUCCUUCAACAAUGCCACAGAACUCAAGUGGAUAAACCUGGGGAACAACCGCAUUCGCUCGAUAGACAAACAAGUAUUUGGGAAGCUGCCAAACCUGCUGUAUCUCUACAUGGAGAGGAACCAGUUAAGGGAAGUACCCAGUGACCUGCCAGUUGGCUUGGAGCAGCUACGACUCAGCCGUAACCAAAUCUCAAAGAUUGCCCCCGGAGCUUUCAGCAAGAUGGAACACCUUGUGCUCCUGGACCUGCACCACAACAGGAUCAGUGACAGCAACCUGGGCAGGAACAUCUUCAAGGAUCUUAAGAAUCUCAUACAGCUUAACCUGGCGCACAACAUCCUCAGGAAGAUGCCCACAAAUAUACCCAAUGGUGUCUUUCAGUUGUUCUUGGACAGAAAUAACAUUGAAGACAUCCCCCGGGACUAUUUCAAGGGCUUCACGAACAUCGCCUUUGUUAGGCUCAAUUACAACCAGUUGAGUGACAGAGGCCUCCCGAAGAUGGUGUUUAAUAUUAGCAGCCUGCUGGAUUUGCACUUGGCUCACAACAAGCUGAGCACCGUUCCAAUGUUCAACAGUCACCUGGAGCAUCUGCAUCUCAACAACAACAAUAUUGAGAGCUUAAACGGAACUGAGAUCUGUCCCUUUAAGCCGAGCGAGGAUGUGCAUGAUGCCAAUGACAUGCCCAAGCUCAGGUACCUGCGGCUGGAUGGCAAUCACUUGAGUCCUCCCAUCCCCAUGGACAUCAUCAUGUGCUUCAGACAUCUCCACUCUAUUGUGAUAUAGAUGAAGUCUGGAUUAGUCUUGAACUGAUGUUCUUGAACACAUUUAUGCAUAUCUAUGCACAGCGCUCCUGUCCACUUGACAGUACUGAUUGAAUCAAACAGUACUAUGGGGAAACACAAGGAAAUGGCGAUAUCUUUUUGUUCGUUUGUUUUUUAUAACUUCAGGAAUGUUGUUCUGAGCUUUUCAAAAUAUUUAUUAACUAUCAAAUAGGAAAAAAUUGCUUUGAGCAUGAAUGUUUCUGCAUUAAAGAUACAAGUUUUAUAUAUGUUCUUAUGAAGCAACAGUAUUAAUAACAAUGGAAUAAAAGAUCCUUGAAAUCAAGGUACAUUAACUGACAUACAGCGUUACAUCUACAGUGUAGUUACAAACGAAGAGUUUCAUUCUAAAAUGCUGUAUAUCAUUCAUAAACCGUGGCUGUGCUAGGCCUUCUAUAUGGGCCAAUAAUGCCAAAACUUGGACGAAACACGAGGAAAAAACAACCCUCUACAAUAAUGUUAACUUUUCCUACCAUCCCCAUGAGAUUUUAGUGGCUUGUUAGCUCUAAGCUGAAGUCAAUUCCCAUGAACAUUUUUGAUAGUUCUAACUUGUUUUACUUGAAGCUUAUGACAGACAUGUUAGUGUAUAUUUACCUUGUAGCAGUUUCAAAGUGACUCAGUAGAGCUCUGGUAUAGACCUGCUGCUGCUAUUUUCCGUUUCGAAAAACCCACUGAUAUGGCUGCUGUUCAUAUUCAUAGUCAGAGACAUAUCUAGGUCCUCCAGAAGGCCUAGAGGUGAUGUUGUUUCUCUCAAAAUUGGUUCUGCCCAUUGGAAAUCUAAACACAAUUGGUACUUUGUAAUUAUGCUGACAGUUAAUCUAAUGCAUCAGGCCUUCUUGUCAGCUUAUGAAGUCCUAACCAAUAGGAGAGCUCGCUUAGCUAUAUCUACCUAGAUACUCACUUAGCUUAGCUAUAUCUACCUAGAUACCACAAAGAAAAACAUCUCCUAAUUGGGUAAUUCUUUGCACCAUUUUAAGAAUUUAAUCUUUUUGUAUCCAUCCUAAACUUAACAAUGAAAUAAAAGUAGUCGUGUAAUACUUUUAAUAAAAAUGUACUACAAACUGCAGACAUCCAUUUUUAAGUUCUCAGAAAUCAUUAGGUUCCCCUCUGCUUUAUGUCCAUUUGUAACAAUUUUAGAUAUUUAGGUUUUUGAAAAGAAUAACAGCUGAUGUACAAUAUGCAUCCUGGAAAACACAAUUUCAUUUCUUUAAUAAAGGUGGUAUUAAUAAUGUUAUUUCGUGUAUGUGUAAAGCCCACUCCCAACACCGUAUAUCAUUUUAAAAAAUCCUUGAAAGUGGUCUAUGUCAAUGUAAAAGGAUGUGCUGAGGGGGCUGCAGCACCCCCUGAUUUCUGGACUGCCACUGUUAAAAAUAAUAGCAUUAAUAAAAACAUUCUGAAUAAUAAUAAUAAUAAAUUGAGAUCAAACACAAACAGGUUGAGGUUUAAAGAGAACCUCCACCUGCAUAUGUUUCAAUGACACACCCUCAAAAUGGUCAGUAGAAGCCUUAUAUUGUUUUUUCAUCUUAAAAAUAACGAUCUAUUUUUAUAAUAACAUUAUAUUAACCGUUAUAUCUCUCGCUCUGCGUGGGUUUGAGUGUUAAAUCUCACCGCAUGCCUGUGGGUGUUCAUCGAGAAUGAGAGAGCAGAGAGAUGAUAUGCAUCAGUGAUUUGGUGCGUUAAUAAGGCUAUAUUUAUAUGUUGUUAUCUGUGGUUUGACAAAAAUUAGCAAAAAGAAUAAAUGAAUAAAUGCAAAUCAUUUCGCUUGACACCAUCGAUUACAUCACAAAUAUGCUGUUUAAACUUUCAGGACCCCCAGCUUAAAACACCUUCCCACAUCCCUGUCAAUGUAUUUUGGAAUGGAACCCUUCAAAUAUAGAACAGUAUCUAAACAGACUGUACUGGAGGAGCUGAACUGGAGGGGAAAGAUUGAUAGCACUUAGAAGAGGGUAUGCUACAUUUUGAAGCCUACUUUAAAAGAUGACCAAAGACAAGAGAGAAUAACGUUACUACCAUGUAGUUAAAAUGUCCUUAAUGUACCUGUGUUUUUAAGGUAACAUGUAAUAUUGCCUUCACUUGGUAUGCAUCUUUUCUGUAUAAAUAAACUGUGUUCUUUAUCAUGGUGCUCUCUAUCAAGACCUACUUGCAUGCGUUUAUUAGAUUCUUCUAUGCUCGGGUGCUCUGAGCCACCUGAGCCACAGCAAGUCCAUUAACUUUAAAGUUCUUAUUUUGAAGGAAUAAACAUGUCAAACUCA